CCUCUCUCCCUGUAUUUUGGGGGCCUUCGCGUUCUCUUGUGGUUUCUUGGGUUUCUUUCUCGUUGUCCCUUUCAUAAUUUCUGCUUUUUUUCUCUUGUUUUAUACCCGCAAAAGUUGACUGCAUUUAUUAUCCCCAUAGAGAAUUUCAAGAGAAUGCCGCACCUUGAGUCCACCCCAGCCAUGCCUACCGUUGUCGCCAAAACUCCCUCGGCCGUUCCUCCCGCUCCCCAGGAGAUUUCUUCCCUUCUUCAGACGAUCUUCAACGCCGAGACUUCUCAGCAGUCGCUUGAUGCCUCAUAUGCGCUGGCCAACCUUCUGAUCCAGAGCGUCGGCCCGUUCUCGUUUUCCCAAUAUGAUUUUAUCCUCCCUGAAAUCAAGAAGGCUGCCCUCGACAAGAAGAAUGGCGCCAGACGCGAAAGCGCGAUGCUAAUCCUCGGCGCGCUGGUUGAGCGUUUCCCUCCGGCUCAUCCCCUUAGUGAAGUUGUCUUCCUUCUCCAAGACGGUGGUGUUUUCCACUUGGCCCUCGAUGCGCUGGCCGACAAGGGUGCCGUCGUGCGGGAUGCCGCCCAGUACGCCAUCGAUGCCUUGUAUGCCGCCCUCAAACCCGAGGCCAAGGUCAAUGCGCUACUCCCUGCCAUCUCCAGCUAUCUGAGCCGCGGGACCGGCAAAUGGCAGGGUUUCGUUGGUGCUUACUGUCUCAUUGAAAAGAUGGCCCUUGAUGCGCAGAUGGGCUCAGGGACCAAGGAACAGGAGCUCGAGAAGGAUGUCCUCCGUGAGGCUAUGGGCAAGACUCUGAAGGACCUCAUCCCGUUGGUCGAGUCUGGUAUGCACGAUCUCAAAAACGAUGUUGUCAAGUGCGCCUGCAAGGCCAUGAACGCCCUCACCACCCUCCUGUCCAACGACGAUGUGGAGCCCCGCAUCCCCCUGCUCAUCAAAACCAUGGAGCAGCCCUCCGAGCAGACCCUGCAGAAGGCUAUCCAUGCCCUAUCGCAGACGACUUUCGUCGCCAUUGUCACUUCUCCCGUGCUGGCUCUACUUACUCCUCUACUAGAGCGCUCUCUCAAUGCGCCAACCACUCCUCAGGAAACUCUGCGUCAGACUGUUGUUGUUGUGGAGAAUUUGACCAAGCUCGUCCACGACCCCGCCGAGGCUCGUACUUUCUUGCCCAAGCUCAAGCCCGGUGUUCAGGCAGUCAAGGACCGUGCUUCUCUUCCCGAGGUUCGUGAGCUGGCCACUCGCGCCAUGGAUGUUAUGGAAAAGGCCAUGGCGGACAAGGAUAUUGCUGCCGGUUCCGUGGCCAAGGUUACUCCCGAUGAGGUUCUUUCUGUUCUGAACGCCAAGAUUCAGGAGAACGGUGGCCUUGCGCGCCCUGAUGCUGCGACCCUGUUUGAACUCGGCAAGACUUAUGUCUCUGAGAUGGUCCGUGAGGACGUCAACUGCCGCCUGCUCGACCGUAUUCCCUCCUGCAUUGCCCCGUACCUGCGCGGCCUGCUAGCUGAGAACAAGAACGACGAAGUCGCCGCCGCCGUACAGGCUCACUUUGUUGCAGAAGAUGAGCGGAAGUACGGCAAGCCUGUUCCGGAUGACCCUAACGAGGUCGAAAUCGUCAACGCCAAUUUCUCGCUCGCUUACGGUGGUAUGCUUCUGCUAUCGCACACGAACCUUCGUCUCCUUAAGGGACACCGCUAUGGUCUUUGCGGACGUAACGGAGCUGGAAAGUCGACGCUCAUGCGUAGCAUUGCCAAUGACAAGCUCGAGGGUUUCCCUCCCCCCGACCAGGUCCGGACCUGCUUCGUCGAGCACAACCAGGGAGAAGAUGCUGAUCUGACCAUCUUCGAGUAUGUCAAGAAAGACCCUAAGAUUGCCGCCGAGGGUGAUGAGCAUAUUCGCAACGUUUUGCUCGAGUUCGGCUUCACCGACGGGCCCGAAGGACGCCAGUCGCAGGCCGUGGGCUCUUUGUCUGGAGGUUGGAAGAUGAAGCUGGCUUUGGCCCGUGCAAUGCUUCUGAAGGCGGAUGUGCUCUUGCUUGAUGAACCUACUAACCAUCUUGACGUUGCAAACGUCAAGUGGCUGCAGGAAUACCUCAAGAAGCACACUGAGAUUACCAGUUUGAUUGUCUCUCACGACUCUGGUUUCUUGGACGAAGUGUGCACAGAUAUCUACCACUACGAGCAGAAGAAACUGGUUUGCUACAAGGGGAACCUGGCUGAUUUCGUCAAGGUCAAGCCUGAAGCGAAGAGUUACUACACUCUCUCGGCUUCCAAUAUUCAGUUCAAGUUCCCGCCGCCUGGUAUUCUUUCCGGUAUCAAAUCCAACACCCGCUCGAUUUUGCGAAUGACAGACUGCUCCUACACCUACCCUGGUGCCAGUAAGCCCUCGCUGACCGGCGCAUCUCUGUCGCUCACUCUGUCGUCUCGUGUUGCCAUCAUUGGUGGUAACGGUGCGGGUAAAUCGACGUUCAUCAAGAUGUUGACCGGCGAAACUAUCCCCCAAACCGGAAAGGUGGAGAAGCACCCCAACUUGCGUAUCGGUUACAUCAAACAACACGCGUUGGAACACGUCGAGAUGCACUUGGAAAAGACUCCCAGCCAGUACUUGCAAUGGCGGUACGCUAACGGAGAUGACCGCGAGGUCUUCCUCAAGCAGACCCGUAUCCUCACUGAGGAGGACAAGGCACAGCUGGAGAAGCCUGUCGAUCUUGGAGACGGCCGCGGUCCCCGCCGGAUUGAAGCACUUAUUGGUCGACAGAAGUGGAAGAAGUCUUUCCAAUACGAAGUGAAAUGGGUUGGCCUCCUUCCCAAACACAACACCAUGAUCUCGCGCGAGACUCUUCUUGAGUUAGGUUUCUUUAAGAUGGUGCAGGAAUUCGAUGACCACGAGGCCUCGCGUGAAGGCCUUGGUUUCCGUGUUCUCGAGCCUAAGACUAUCGCUAAGCACUUCGAGGACGUUGGCCUCGACCCCGAAAUCGCCAACCACAACGAAAUUUCCGGUCUCUCUGGUGGUCAGAAGGUUAAAGUCGUCCUUGCUGGAGCGAUGUGGAACAACCCGCACCUGCUUGUGCUCGACGAGCCCACUAACUUCUUGGACCGCGACUCUCUAGGUGGUCUUGCGGUUGCCAUUCGCGAUUUCAAGGGUGGUGUUGUCAUGAUUUCUCACAACGAAGAAUUCGUUGGCGCCCUGUGCCCCGAGCAAAUUCACAUUGCCGACGGCAAGAUCGUUGCUCGCACAAAUACCGCCAUCUCUCUGGAUCGCUUUGAAGACAGCGCUUCAUCCACUCCCCAGCCCGGCAGCACGGCCGCCAGCUCCGUGGCCAACAGCGCCGCCGCCUCAGCCGUCAACUCCGGCGCCGAGGACCAGGGCGAGCUCAAGUUCAAGGCCAGGAAGAAGAAGAAGAUGACCCGUGCGCAGCUGAAAGAGCGUGAGGCUCGGCGCCGUCUUCGCCACAUUGAAUGGCUCAACAGUCCUAAGGGAACUCCCAAGCCUCCCGAUACCGAUGAUGAGGCUGAAUAGAUGCUGGGCGUGUUCCUUUGUGCUGGUUGCUUGCAUGAAUGAUGCAUGAUGAUUUUUUAUUAAUGUUCUGGGAUAGACGGUGUUUUGUUGAGUCUUGUAUAUACCUAUAGACUUACUGUAUUAGUUUUGCUCUCGCCUGUUAAUGUUUUGGUUUCAUUGCUUUCCCUAAUUCAACUUUCAUAGAG